UUCAGUUACAAUCCAGAACGCUUGGAAGCCAGUCCGUCAAACAAAAAACAAAAUUGUAUCCAUAUUUAAAGUGCAUUUAAAAUUUCUUUCUUCUAUUCUUAACAGUUUGAAAAUUCCAUUUUAUGUAAGAGUUGAGGAAUAAGCCAAAUUAUUAGUCAUGAAAAAAAUCGACAUACACAGUGCAUUCAUGUCAACCAGCGGUCCCAGCACCCAGGACGACAUCAUCGUCGAAGUCGCUCGACAGCGAAAUGUGCGUUUCAAUGAUCUGCCUGAGCUGAAGGAACUGGUGGUCGAGGCUCUGGACGAAUGCUUGGAGUUGGGCUUCAUACAAAAAAAUAGAGGAAAGUAUAUGCUGACCUUGUUAAAAAAGAAAAAGAUUGGUAGCAGCGCUAGUCCUAGUACCGCAGUCACGAAGACAACCACAGCACCCACCUUGGCGCAAGCAAAAGAGAAGGAGACGACUUUGGGAAAUGUCCCAUCAUCGCAUGUGGAUCGGGAAGAGCGAUCACGUAGACGAACUCAAUCACAAGUCAGCAGACGCUCCCGCCGGUUGAGCACAAAGUCGGUUGCUCCUAGCCGGAAACGUGCACGCUCCUUGAGUCUGGGAUUGCCAUCAAAACGCAAGGCGAAGUCGCAGCUGAUGAUGACCACUGGUACUUCUACUGAACGGCUUCACGAGUGCGUCGUUUGCGGCGGCUGGCAUCAGGAGAAGAUACUGUUGGGAGACACCCCCCAAUUAGACACCCAAUUAAUAGCCGAAGGAAAGAGCGUGCAGAGGGGGGGAGCGGGGGAGCCAGAGUCUAAAACAUGAAACUUUCGCCAAUGCCAGCUCAAGGCAAGAAUGGGUGUCCAUGCUAGCGCCAUGUGUCGGGCCAUAAACCGAAUGUGUAUAGUGGGCUGGUCUUCUCCUGGUACCUUGCACACUCGUUUCUUUUUAAUAAUAAAUUGUUCUGUAUGCGCGCCACUGUAUUACGAAUAUAUAGUAUGUCCAAUAUAUCCAUAUAAUGUAUGUUGUUAUCAGAA